AUGCCCGCUAUAACUUCCGGGAAAGUACUCGUGACAGGGGCGAGCGGAUACAUCGCCGUAUGGGUAGUCAAGACUCUGCUAGAUAGAGGGUUCUCCGUACGAGGGACGGUACGCUCGAAGAGCAAGGGACAGGUGCUGAAGGAAGUAUUCAAGACUUACGGAGAGACGCUCGAAUAUGUCAUUGUCGAGGAUAUCGCCAAGGAAGGGGCAUUCGACGAGGCCGUAGUAGACAUCGACGCGAUAGCCCACACCGCGUCGCCGUUUCAUAUCACCGCUGAUGAUCCGGACGAGGUCAUCUUUCCCGCGGUCCAAGGGACUAAUAACCUGCUUGCCUCCGCCAAAAACUACGGCAACGACGUCAAGCGUGUCAUCCUGACCUCAUCCUCCGCUGCGAUCGCCUCGUCAAGCGGUGAAGCCGCCAUUCGCGACGAGACGGACUGGAACGAUUUGUCUGUCCAGGAGGUACGCACGAAGGGCCGCGACGCACACCCAUUCGACAAAUACCGCGCGAGCAAGACGCUGUCGGAGCGAGCGGCAUGGGACUGGUAUGAGACGAACAAGGCGGAGCUUGGAUGGGAUAUGGUCGUCCUUAACCCGUCGUUCGUAUUGGGGCCAUGGUUGCACAAAGCAGAAAACGUCGCGGGACUGAGCACGUCGCUUCGCUACUACCAUUCGGUAGUCUUGAAAGGGGAGGCGAGCGAUGAGAUGCUAGCGACGAGUGGGACGUCCUGGGUAGACGUCCGUGACGUUGCGGAAGCGCAUACGCUCGCGCUCAUCAAACCGGCCGCAGGUGGCGAGCGCAUCGUUAUAAGCGCAAACGCGUUCAAGUGGCAGGACUUGAUACUUGUGGCGCGUGAUAUAGUAGGGGAUAGGGUCCCUGCUGGAAACACCUCGUACGAUCCUGCAAAGGCUGAACAUAUUCAAUACGUGACAGAUAAAGGAAGGCAAAUCCUUGGUCUAAAGUACCAUAGCAUUGGAGAGACGACGAGACACAUGUUGCACGAGUUCAAGUGCAGGGGAUGGUUAUGA